CUUUCUCGUUUUCGUGCCGUCUGACCGCUGACGUACUUACGUUCAAGUCUACCUCAAACAUUUUAUAUCCGGACGACGGACGUAUUAUUAUUUAUUAUUACAACACUAGUUCUACUCGCAGUUACCUUUUAUUGUUAAUUGUAUUUGUUUGUUAUUACAUUUAAAUUCCGUCUUACGAUUAAAAAUGUUUUCCAAAGUAUGUAAGAAUAUCAUCAACCAAGGGGCUAGACAGUAUUCUUCAAAGAAAGGUUUAAAAGUAACAGUAUGUGGAGGUUCGGGCGGCAUUGGUCAACCCCUGUCGUUGUUGUUAAAACAAAGUCCACUCAUCACAGAUUUAGCAAUUUACGAUAUUGCUCCAGUAACUCCAGGUGUGGUUGCUGAUCUGAGUCACAUGGACACCAAUUCAAAUGUAACCAGUCAUGUUGGUCUGGACAACUUAAAAGAUGCAGUAGCUGAUACCGAUGUAGUUAUUAUUCCUGCAGGAAUUCCUCGUAAACCUGGUAUGACAAGAGACGAUUUAUUCAAUACAAAUAUUUCAAUUGUAUGCGAUAUUAUUAAGGUUAUUGGACAAGUCAGUCCUCAUGCUCUUGUUGGAAUUAUAUCAAAUCCAGUCAACAGUGCUGUACCUGCUGCUGCAGAAAUAUUGAAGAAGCUUAAUGUUUAUGAUCCAAAAAGGUUAUUUGGUGUGACUACAUUAGAUAUUGUUCGGUCUAACAGAUUCAUUGCUGAACUUAAAUGUCUUAAUGCUACCGAUGUGAAUGUUCCUGUUAUCGGCGGACAUUCCGGACCAACAAUAAUUCCCUUAAUAUCUCAAUGUACACCUCAAGUGAAAUUUGAUCAUGACGUGCUCGUGAAGCUUACAAAACGCAUUCAAGAAGCCGGUACUGAAGUUGUACAAGCUAAGGCUGGAGCUGGUUCUGCAACCCUGUCUAUGGCAUAUGCAGGCGCUAAAUUUACAACCUCUAUGUGUAGAGCGAUUCUUGGCGAACCAAAUGUUGUGGAAUGCUCAUUCGUAGAAUCAACAGUGACCGACUCACCAUACUUCAGUACACCAGUUCUUAUUGGGAAAAAUGGAAUUGAAAAGAACUUUGGCAUGGGAAACCUGUCAGAUUUUGAAAAAGAAUUACUAAAGGCUGCCUUACCUGAAUUGGCUUCCAACAUUAAGAAAGGAGCAGACUUUGGCAAGAACUACAAAUAAAUGUCAUAAAUAGGUUACUAUAAUUCCAAUCCAUUGUAUUAUUUACAACGUACUGCUACUUAAAAGUAUUUAGAUUGAAAUUGUGCCCUCUCUGCUACAUGACAAAAUCUUAUGUUUAUCGAAUAUUAUUAUGUACAAGAUUUAAGAAUUUGCUCGAAAUUAAAUUAUAAAAAUUAGGCAUAUGAUUCGUUAUUUAAUAUAUAUUAUAAACUAUGUCACGAUAAAUCCUAGUUUACACAAUAAAUAAUAAUAUUUAGGUAUACUAAAACAUAUUACAA